AUGUUUUUGAAUAAUAUUCAUUCAUGCAGAUCAAAGAUAAGUGAAGCACAGGUGGAAGGUGAGGAAAAAGAUGGAGAUGUCAAUGCUAAAGAGGUAAACUCCGAACACUCAAAGCUAUAUCUUGAUUUUCCUGAGAUCACUGAGGAACAAAAACAGCGUAUUAUAGAAGUCAUCCAAAGAGCUGAGCAGUCAUGUAAAGAAGCAAAGACUGUACUCGAUUCAAAAAAUCUUUCAGUAUUGCGUGAUCCAGCUUUUCGUGGCACUAUAGAUCUGGAAGAAACAUUAUUCUCAAUUGAGCACGACAAUCAGUUUAUACGAAUGGACUCCCUUCCGGAAUGAAUUCCAAGUGAGCAAUUUUCAUUUAGUAUCAAAUUAAUCAGUGAUCAUAUAUCCAAUUGGCUCAACAGCUUAAAUAAAGAUGGUAGAUUCAAUGAUUCUGGAAAGCGAGAAAAAGUUGCACCAGAGCCAGAGUUAAUUUACGAACAAGACCUAACUAUAGCUGAAUAUUCGACAACUGUUCAUACAAAGAUUUAUCAAAUGGCAAUGACAAAGACAUUGUCCUCGACAAACUCUUUAGAAAUAUAUUGUCAAUGCCUAUGCAUGGCAAUAUUUGAUCUUCUUUAUGAGGACAUAAGAUAUUACUAUAGACACAUCGAAGAAGACAAACUGGAUAAUUAUUGUUUUUUUUUGACAUUACAGAUUCUUCGCAAUGUUUUUGAGGAAAUAAAACAACGAAUUUCGGAACGUAAAAGUUCAAAAUUGAUUAAUGCGGUUGGAGAAAUUAAUUGUGCCUUUCAUAAAAGCAAUAAAUUAGGCGAUGGAACUUAUUACAGGCGAAAGCUGGCAAUUUCACUUUCGUUCGCAUCAUUGAAUUCUCUUAAAAAUUUGACAAAAUCUAAAGAAAAUGAAAUUAAGAAAUCAAAAUCCGUUCACGAAUUUACGAUUGGUGAAAAAAUUGAAACAAAGAAACAAAGACGGUAUUCAUCGGAAAUCACCUAUGGAAUAAUGGACGAAGAGCAAAUCGAAACAGACCUAUCUCUAAACAUUAGCAAUAGUGACAGAGAUGAUGAAGAAAUUAUCAAGAAAUUCGCUGAUAAAAUAUGGCAAAAUAUAAUAAAAUUAGCAUUAAUACAAUUUGCAAAUGGAUCUUACGAAAGAAAAGAUAAUCAGGAAAUUGAUACAAGCGACAGCUUCGAUGACAGCGAAUAUGACCAUGAAUAUUAUAUGUUACUUUCAGAGAAUUACACUCCUAUACAAACUAUAGGUCAAGAAGCUCUAGAAGAUAUUUUCAAAAAAUCAGCUAAUGAAAGCAAAAACCAUUCUAAACAUUCCAGUCCAAUUUCCGGAAUAGAUGAACGAUAUUCUCCUGAAACUUCUGUCCAGGGACAAAUAUUGCUUGAACAAUCUCAGCUACAGAUUCAGAUCCCUCAUCAGAUUCUUCAACAAGAGAUAAGAGCCUCCGAUGAUUUCAAUCCGAAAGAAUUGGAAUGCAUGAAAUACAUAAGGCAAUCGGCAAAUCAAUAUCCACAUGAAAAAAUGAAAUAUGAAAAUAUUUAUGACGCUAUCAAACGCUGGAUUGAGACUGAACAAGGCAAAAUUAUAGAGCGCCACAGAGACAAAGCACAUUCAAACUCAACUUUCGAAGCCAAUGAGCAAUAUUCUCCCAAAACAUAUGUGCAUGAAGAAAUAUCCUUAGAACAACCCAUGUUUCAGAACCUUCAGGAAGAAAUGAAAGCAUAUGAUAGCCUCAGCGAUAUCGAGGAAGAAAAUGAUUACAAGAAAUCGGUCGAACAUAGCUCAGUGGAAGAAAUCGAGUGCAAAAUAUCAAGAGAGCCUGAUUUAUGCAAAGAAAUGAGCAAAUAUGGCUUUGACUACAGCUUAAACUCGAACUCGACAGAAUAUAUUUCUGAAAUUUCUAUUCCCUAUCCUGAAUUAUCGCCAUCUAAUAAAAAAAAAGUUUCGAAUACAAUCGGAGAAUACAAAUGGGCAGAAGGUGAAUCGCUUCGUGAGAUUCAGCAACUAAAACUCCCCGAGACGCUGCCUAAUUUACAAAGUUCCCGAAAGGUAGAAUCGACGAGUUACGAAGAAUUAAUGCAGCGAAUAUUUACCACUACCAAGGACAAAGAAUCACUGAGAGAUUUAAUCCGCGAUCACCAGUGCAACGAAAGAGUAACAUAUUCGAAGGAUAAAAAAACAAAAAUUGAUCAAAUUCAAGAUCGCCAACAGUUAAACGCAGCAUCAACCAAAGAAGGAGGACUUCCUCAAACCUAUCCAAUUCAGAAGCAACCAAGCCCGACAUCCGCACUAAUGGAGCAAUCUCCGACAAAAUUAAAGUCCUUCCAAUCUGUGCAACAGAUUCCACAAAAAGAGAACAAAAAAACUCAAAAACAACAAAAAAAUAAGAAUUUGGAUGAUAAGAAUAAAAUAGAAAAAACAGCGCAGAAAAUAGCAAGGGAAUUGCGGAAUUUCAAAGAAAUAAACCGUUAUAAAGAAAAUUCAACAUAUACCUCUGCAAAACGAUGCCUUAUCGUACAAGACACCAUUAAACAGGAAGAUAUACCUGCUAAACAAUCUUGGUUCCCUAAGCCAAGACAAAAAAAACACGAUCACCUUAUUCAAGAAGAAAUUGAAUAUAUAACAAAAUCUCUAGAACAAAGCCAAUUCAAAACAAAGCAGGUAAACAAAGCAGAAAAAAUUGACGAUAUUAAAAGGUUAAAAAUGUUUGAAACAGUUAUUGAUCACCACGAAGAUGAAAAAAAUUGCAACUCAAAAACGGAAUCGGAUGAGCAAAACUCUCGCGAUUCUCGUGUACAACAGCGAUCAACCAUUCCCGAAAAAAGGAUAAACGCAAUCCACAGUCAGGAAGAUAAUCAACACAUCAAAUGUGCAAGCAAAAAUGCUAAACAUGAAAAAAAAUACCAUGCUAAAAGGUCGAGUGGACCUGAACAUGGCAUAAUUACAGACGAAGGCGAAGAAGUAGAACAGUCAGAAGCAACCUCUGGAGCAGAUGACAUAUGUUCUCCU